UUCUCUUUUUCUUCUCCAUUUGACUGUUUCUUUUCAAUAUUUCGUGGUUCUUAGUUUCGUCGAGUGCUUCCAAGCUCCAUAUCGGUGAUUCCGCACGUGAUAACAACCUAUUUGAAGGACUUCCCUUUCAUUGAAUUGGAAUUUGAAGCUAAAAAUAAUCUACCAGGACUUCAUUUUAUUUUCUGGAGAACCAAUCAGAAAAAAAAAUGUUAUUCGAAUUUUUCGUUUGAAUUUCAGAUCUCUCUCCAUAUCUCUAUAGAUCUAGUCGACGGAUCUGAAUCUGAAAACGAGAGAGACUUCGACUGCAAAAUAUAUUCUGAUUCUUAUCCGGAAACAAUCUCUACUUUUAAUAUAAGUGAAUUAUAAUCUUAAAAGAAAAAGAAAAUAUUUGAAACAACAGGUUUUGAAUAAUGUCGUCGGCGUCGGCGUCGACGUCUAGCUCUCUCCUUCAACUUCGAAACAGCUCUUGCGUUCUCCCUUCACUCAACAAAGCCUCUCUUGCUCUUCAACUGAAUGUCAUUACCUCUGUCCGCAGCAAAACAAGAACAGUGCGAUGCUCCGUUAAGAAAAAUUCCUCCGCUGCUUUGGAGAAGAAAUUUUUAGGGACUCGAUUGCGGGGGUCUGGAUUGGAGUGGUUACACUUAUGGCAAACGGAUGGGCCGAGUAGGGCCCCUAAACUCCGGGUUGUGGUGCGGUCCUCAUUGUCCGGGGUGCCUGAGAAGCCACUCGGUUUGUAUGAUCCGUCUUUUGAUAAGGACUACUGCGGGGUUGGUUUUGUCGCCGAGCUAUCCGGUGACAGAACUCGGAAAACUAUAACGGAUGCUUUAGAGAUGUUGAUACGGAUGUCACACAGAGGAGCUUGUGGAUGUGAGACAAAUAAAGGUGAUGGAGCUGGGAUUCUCGUGGCUCUUCCUUAUGAUUUUUACAAGGAGGUUGCAAAGGAUGUUGGGUUUGAGUUACCACCGCCACGGGAUUACGCGGUGGGCAUGUUCUUUUUGCCGACAUCUGAGAGCAGAAGGGAAGAAAGCAAAAAUGUAUUCACUAAGGUUGCUGAAUCUCUCGGGCAUAGAGUGCUUGGGUGGCGACCUGUACCAACGGAUAACUCAGGAUUGGGCAAUGCUGCUUUGCAGACAGAGCCUGUUAUUGAGCAAGUGUUUCUUGCACCCACAUCCAGAUCAAAGGCUGACCUUGAACAACAGGUAAGUUUUCCUUUCUUUUUGUUGACAUAUUGCAAGUGCACAUUCAUCAAUUUGCUAGAAGGAAUAAAGACUGUCAUUUAUAAAGGGCAGUUGAAGCCUGACCAACUGCAAAACUACUAUUAUGCAGAUCUUGGCAAUGAAAGGUUUACGAGCUACAUGGCCCUGAUACACUCACGAUUUUCAACAAAUACAUUUCCUAGCUGGGAUCGUGCCCAACCAAUGCGUGUCUUGGGCCAUAACGGGGAAAUUAAUACAUUAAGAGGCAAUGUAAACUGGAUGAAGGCACGUGAGGGAUCAUUGAAGUGCAAGGAGCUUGGUCUAUCAAAGAAUGAGAUGAAAAAACUUCUGCCCAUUGUGGAUGCCAGUUCAUCUGAUUCAGGUGCUUUUAAUGGUGUCCUUGAGCUUCUGGUUAGAGCUGGUAGAAGUCUUCCAGAAGCAGUUAUGAUGAUGAUCCCAGAAGCCUGGCAAAAUGAUAAAAAUAUGGACCCUCAUUGGAAGGCCUUGUAUGAGUAUUUCUCGGCUCUAAUGGAGCCAUGGGAUGGACCUGCUUUAAUAUCAUUUACUGAUGGUCACUACCUUGGGGCCACUUUGGAUCGCAAUGGACUCCGUCCUGGUCGGUUUUAUGUGACACAUAGCGGACGAGUCAUCAUGGCUAGUGAAGUUGGAGUUGUGGAUACUCCACCCGAAGAUGUGCUCAGAAAAGGAAGACUAAACCCUGGGAUGAUGCUUCUGGUAGAUUUUGAGAAGCAUAUUGUUGUUGAUGAUGAAGCCUUGAAGCAACAAUAUUCACUUGCUAGGCCUUAUGGCAAAUGGCUGGAGAGGCAAAAAAUUGAACUCAAAGAUAUAGUUAAUUCAGUUCAGGAAUCUGAGAGGGCCAUUCCUGCAAUAGCUGGAACUUUGCCAGCUUUGAAUGAUGAUGACAACUUGGAGAACAUGGGAAUUCAUGGUUUAUUGGCUCCAUUGAAGGCUUUUGGCUACACUGUUGAGGUGUUGGAGAUGCUGCUUCUUCCCAUGGCUAAAGACGGUACAGAGGCCCUUGGAUCAAUGGGAAAUGAUACUCCUCUGGCAAUUAUGUCCAACCGAGAGAAGCUUACAUUUGAAUAUUUUAAACAAAUGUUUGCUCAAGUCACCAAUCCUCCCAUUGACCCUAUUCGAGAGAAAAUAGUAACAUCCAUGGAAUGAAUGGUAGGUCCAGAAGGAGAUCUAACUGAAACAACAGAAGAGCAAUGCCAUCGUCUUUCCCUAAAGGGGCCCCUUUUGUCAAUCGAAGAGACAGAAGCGAUUAAAAAGAUGAAUUACAGAGGUUGGCGGAGUAAAGUUCUUGACAUAACUUAUUCAAAGGACUGUGGGAGGAAGGGAUUAGAGGAAACCUUGAACAGGAUUUGUGCUGAAGCACGAGAUGCAAUUAAGGAGGGUUAUACAUUAUUGGUGCUUUCUGACAGAGCUUUCUCAUCAAAGCGUGUUGCUGUGAGCUCCCUCUUGGCUGUUGGUGCUGUUCAUCAUCAUCUUGUUAAGAAACUUGAGCGUAAGCGGGUUGGAUUAGUAGUUGAAUCUGCAGAACCGCGUGAAGUGCACCAUUUCUGUACACUGGUUGGAUUUGGUGCUGAUGCUAUAUGCCCGUACUUGGCCAUAGAGGCUAUUUGGAGAUUACAGGUAGAUGGGAAGAUUCCACUGAAAUCUAGCGGUGAGUUCCACUCAAAGGAUGAGCUGGUCAAGAAGUAUUUCAAGGCAAGCAACUAUGGAAUGAUGAAGGUUCUUGCCAAGAUGGGGAUAUCUACUUUAGCCUCGUACAAGGGUGCCCAGAUCUUUGAAGCUCUUGGCCUUUCUUUAGAAGUGAUAGAGAAAUGCUUUGCAGGAACCCCAAGCAGAGUUGAAGGAGCAACAUUUGAGAUGCUAGCUCGAGAUGCGCUUCAUUUGCACGAGUUAGCAUUUCCUUCUCGGCCUAUUGCCCCCAAAAGUGCAGAAGCUGUAGCACUGCCCAAUCCUGGAGAUUAUCACUGGAGGAAAGGUGGUGAAGUCCACCUGAAUGAUCCUCUUGCUAUAGAAAAGCUGCAAGAAGCUGCCAGAAGCAAUAGUGUUGCUGCUUAUAAGGAAUAUGCCAAAAGGAUCCAUGAAUUGAACAAAAUCUGUAAUCUGCGUGGGAUGUUGAAGUUCAAAGAGGCAGAUGUUAGAGUUCCAUUGGACGAGGUGGAACCUGCCAGUGAAAUUGUGAAAAGGUUUUGUACUGGGGCCAUGAGUUAUGGAUCAAUAUCAUUGGAGCACACAACACUGGCUAUUGCUAUGAAUGCAAUAAAGGGGAAAUCAAAUACAGGUGAGGGAGGCGAGAAACCAUCUCGUAUGGAACGUCUUCCUGAUGGCUCAAGAAAUCCAAAAAGAAGUUCUAUCAAGCAGGUCGCAAGUGGGAGAUUUGGAGUUUCAAGUUAUUACCUUACAAAUGCUGAUGAAUUACAAAUAAAGAUGGCUCAGGGAGCCAAGCCUGGUGAAGGAGGUGAACUUCCAGGUCAUAAGGUAAUUGGAGAUAUUGCAGUCACUAGAAACUCUACAGCUGGUGUGGGACUUAUCAGUCCACCUCCCCAUCAUGAUAUUUAUUCAAUCGAGGACCUUGCCCAACUAAUUCAUGAUCUUAAGAAUUCAAAUCCAUCUGCUCGAAUCAGUGUGAAGCUAGUGUCUGAAGCUGGAGUGGGUGUAAUUGCUAGCGGAGUUGUCAAGGGACAUGCUGACCAUGUCUUAAUAUCUGGUCAUGAUGGUGGUACAGGUGCCUCGCGAUGGACUGGUAUAAAAAAUGCUGGGCUCCCAUGGGAACUUGGUUUAGCUGAGACCCACCAAACUCUGGUUGCCAAUGAUCUUCGUGGCCGCACAGUUCUCCAGACUGACGGACAACUUAAAACAGGAAGAGAUGUGGCCAUUGCUGCACUUCUUGGUGCAGAGGAGUUUGGCUUUAGCACAGCCACUCUCAUAACUCUGGGUUGUAUCAUGAUGCGAAAAUGCCACAAGAACACCUGCCCUGUGGGCAUUGCUACUCAAGAUCCUGUGCUUAGAGAAAAGUUUUCCGGAGAACCUGAACAUGUUAUUAACUUUUUCUUUAUGCUUGCUGAGGAGGUCAGGGAGAUAAUGUCUCAACUUGGUUUCCGAACGCUUAAUGAGAUGGUUGGUCGUUCAGACAUGCUUGAAGUUGAUACAGAAGUCCUUAGUAAUAAUGAGAAGCUUCAGAAUAUUGACCUUUCCUUGCUUCUCAGACCUGCUGCUGAUAUUCGCCCUGAAGCUGCUCAAUAUUGUAUUAAAAAACAGGAUCAUGGCUUGGAUAUGGCUUUGGACCAAAAACUCAUUAAACUAUCUAAAGCUGCCCUUGAGAAAGGUAGCCCCGUAUACAUAGAGACACCUAUAUGUAAUGUGAACCGUGCGGUUGGAACAAUGCUUAGCCAUGAAGUAACUAAGCGUUACAACCAGGCAGGGCUUCCUGCUGGUACUAUUCAUAUCAAACUCUCGGGAAGCGCUGGGCAGAGCCUGGGAGCUUUCCUUUGCUCUGGCAUCAUGCUGGAACUUGAAGGUGAUAGCAAUGAUUACGUUGGCAAAGGAUUAUCAGGUGGCAAAAUUGUAGUUUAUCUUCCAAAAGGAAGCCGUUUUGAUCCCAAGGAAAAUAUAGUAAUCGGUAAUGUAGCUCUCUAUGGAGCUACUACUGGGGAAGCAUAUUUCAAUGGAAUGGCAGCAGAAAGAUUUUGUGUUCGUAAUUCAGGUGCCAAAGCAGUUGAAGGCAUUGGUGAUCAUGGUUGUGAGUACAUGACUGGUGGGACUGUUGUUGUGCUUGGAAAAACUGGAAGGAAUUUUGCUGCUGGUAUGAGUGGUGGUAUUGCUUACGUCUUAGAUGUGGAUGGGAAAUUUCAUUCUUGAUGCAAUCCUGAGCUGGUAGACCUUGAUAAAGUUGAGGAAGAAGAGGAUAUUUUGACUCUUAAAAUGAUGAUUCAGCAACAUCAGCGUCAUACAAAUAGCCAAUUGGCAAGAGAAUUACUUGCUGACUUUGAGAAUCUUCUGCCCAAAUUCAUUAAAGUCUUCCCUAGGGAUUAUAAACGUGUUCUAGCAAAGAUGAAGUAUGACGAAGCCUCUAAGGAGGCAUUUGUUAGUUCUGCAAAAGUAGCUGAGGAGCAAGAUGAGCCAGAGUUGAUGGCAAAAGAUGCUUUUGAAGAGCUCAAAAAGUUGGCUGCAGAUUUUUUGAAUGAGAAAUCAAUUCAGGUAUGUAUAGAGGCUGAAUCAGCCAAGAGGCCGACUCGGGUUUCCAAUGCUGUGAAGCAUCGUGGUUUUGUUGCUUAUGAACGUGAAGGUGUUCCAUAUAGGGACCCUAAUGUUCGAAUGAAUGACUGGAAGGAGGUCAUGGAGGAAUCAAAACCUGCUGUACUUUGGAAGACUCAGUCUGCUCGCUGCAUGGACUGUGGUACUCCUUUCUGUCAUCAGGAAAACUCUGGAUGCCCUCUUGGAAACAAAAUACCUGAAUUCAAUGAGCUAGUGUAUCAAAACAGGUGGCGUGAAGCAUUGGAUCGUCUUCUAGAGACAAAUAACUUUCCUGAGUUCACUGGCCGAGUGUGCCCUGCACCAUGUGAAGGGUCUUGCGUUCUGGGUAUUAUUGAGAAUCCUGUGUCCAUAAAAAACAUUGAAUGUGCUAUCAUUGACAGGGCAUUUGAGGAAGGGUGGAUGGUGCCACGACCACCUUCCCAGAGAACAGGCAAAAGCAUUGCUAUUGUUGGAAGUGGACCAGCGGGUUUGGCUGCUGCUGAUCAGCUAAAUAGAAUGGGUCAUUCAGUGACUCUGUAUGAGCGUGCUGACAGAAUUGGAGGUCUUAUGAUGUAUGGUGUGCCUAAUAUGAAGGCUGAUAAGGUGGAUGUAGUUCAAAGGCGGGUUAACCUUAUGGCUGAUGAAGGGGUUAAAUUUGUGGUCAAUGCAAAUGUUGGAAUUGAUCCUUCCUAUACCCUUGAUCGGCUACAAGAGGAUAAUGAUGCCAUUAUUCUGGCACUAGGAGCCACAAAACCAAGGGACCUACCUGUUCCAGGACGUGAAUUAUCUGGUGUUCAUUUUGCGAUGGAUUUCCUUCAUGCCAAUACUAAAAGCUUGCUUGAUAGUGAUCUCCAAGAUAGUAAAUAUAUAUCUGCUAAGGGCAAGAAAGUAGUGGUUAUUGGUGGUGUUGACACCGGGACAGAUUGCAUAGGGACAUCUAUCCGCCAUGGAUGUAGUAGCAUUGUAAAUCUAGAGUUACUUCCUCAGCCACCACAAACUAGAGCUCCUGGCAAUCCCUGGCCACAGUGGCCUCGCAUAUUCCGUGUGGACUAUGGGCACCAAGAAGCUGCUGCCAAGUUUGGAAAAGACCCAAGAUCUUAUGAAGUUUUGACUAAGAGAUUUUUCGGAGAUGAGAAUGGAAUUGUGAAAGGACUUGAGGUGGUACAUGUGCGUUGGGAAACGGAUGCAACUGGAAAGCUUAAAUUCAAUGAAGUUGAGGGUUCUGAAGAAAUAAUUGAGGCUGACCUCCUGCUAGCCAUGGGUUUCCUCGGGCCUGAAUCAACAGUGGCAAGCAAGUUAGGUGUGGAGCAAGACAACCGGUCAAACUUUAAGGCAGAAUAUGGCUGCUUUGCGACCAAUGUGGAUGGGGUCUUUGCAGCUGGAGAUUGUCGACGAGGUCAGUCAUUGGUUGUGUGGGCAAUCUCAGAGGGAAGGCAAGCUGCUGUGCAAGUUGACAAAUACCUGACUAGCAAGGAUGAGGAUGGCGGGAGCCGAGAUCUUGUCAAGAGACAUCAAGACCUUGCUCAAAGGCAGCAAACAGUCAUGACAUAGGUAAUCUUUGAUGUUAUUGUUUGUGACAAUGAGCUGAAAUGGAAAGAUUAAUCUGAUGCAAAAUAGAGAAGUGGUUUCCUAAGUGAGUUGUCAGCAGACUGCGGGAACUAAGCAUCAGCCUGUGGAUAACCACCAAGGGAUGUUAGCCCGUAGCAGAGUACUUGGAAUUGAUUUAGCAGAGAUAAAGGAUUUGGUAAAGUUUUAGUAGGGUAAAGGACUCGAGGAAUGUUGAGCAAAAAUCAAUAAAUUUUCUCUUAAUAAAUAUUCUCUUUGGGGGCUGGUAUAGAAUCGGGGGGUAAUCAUGUGUUUCAUUUUGUAUCAUCUUCCUUUAUAGUUUUUAUCCAGCUUGUUUGAAUGUUGUCUCUCAAUGUCAUGAUUGUCAUAAGGGAAUAAUGUACAGUUUUGUUUACAAUGAUGCUUGGGAAUUCGUAAAAUUAAAUUUUUCAAUGAAGUCCUCCCAUCGGAAGUCCGUUGACGAAUAAUGACGGACCAAAAUUGUCUGCUCUCAAAAGUUCUAAAA